CACGAUAAGAUUCGUGAGACGUGGCAACGUAACUGAACGAUACGCUACGGCUCGUACAGAAACUCUCUCGCAUGGAGAAGGAACGUGUUCGUUGGGAGUGUAAAUUUAAAGAGAUAACUUAGUAGGAAAACGAAAGGUGAGCAAAGAAGUGGUGGUAGAGUGGGGGGUAGAGGGGUGGAGUCUUCAUCGGGAAGCACCGGUGGGGACUAGUCUAGGUCGAAAGUCUUCACAAGUUGGCCGGCUCGACUCACUACAGUUUUCGCUAUGGCGUGUAUAGGGUCGAGUCGGCUCUGUGCUCGUGCGGAAAAACUGUGCCAGUUCGGACAUUUCUCUCAAAUACGAAAGAAACUUUCGACGACGUUUACCAAGUCACGAGUGGAGAUCGAACGAGUCAUAGGUCCGACGGUGAAACAAUGUCAAAACAAAAAGACAACGGCAUCAUGCAGGAUAGGCAUCGCGAGAGCGAUGAGUUCAAUACAAACUAUUCAGCCCGGAUCCUUGCCCGAUUACCAAGUCGACCCUUACCGUCUCGUAGAAGACGACCUUAAACUCGUAUACGAUGGAAUACGAUUGGAACUCAACGUGAAUACGACACAAGACGAGUUAAGAAAGAUAGCAACAUAUUAUUUUGAUGGAAAAGGAAAAGCGAUACGACCGUUGCUUGUAAUCCUUAUGUCACGAGCCAUUAAUUAUCAUAAGGAUGAAAUAAACAUCUUAACAAAAUCGCAGCAAAAACUUGCAAUGUAUUCCGAAAUGAUCCAUAAUGCUUCCCUAAUUCACGACGAUGUAAUCGAUCAAGCCGAUUAUCGUCGAGGAAAACCAUCCGUAAACGCUGUCUGGAGUCAAAAAAAGGUGUCACUGGCAGGUAACUACAUUCUUGCGAUUGCUACCGUACUACUAUCACGUCUAAAAAACGAUGAAGUUACUAUUACGCUAGCUGAGAUAAUAUCGGAUUUGGUCCAAGGUGAGUUCAUGCAACUUGGUUCGAAGGAAACGGAGAACGAAAGAUUUGCUCACUACCUCAAUAAAACCUAUCGAAAGACGGGCAGUCUUAUCGCUAAUUCACUCAAAGCGACGGCGAUAGUAGCUGAGGCGAACGAUCAGAUAAUAGAAUUAGCUUAUCAGUACGGUCGAAAUAUUGGGCUUGCCUUUCAAUUGGUCGACGAUUUUCUAGAUUUUGUUUCUUCAUCGGCAAUGAUGGGAAAGCCAACAGCGACCGAUUUGAAACUCGGCUUGGCCACUGCUCCUGUUCUCUUCGCUUGCGAGAAGUAUCCAGAACUCAAUGCGAUGAUCAUGCGUCGAUUCCAAGAACCAAACGACGUCGAGAGAGCGUACAAAUUGGUUCACGAAUCUCACGGUCUUGAUCAGACCAAAUUCUUAGCGAAGAAACACUGUGCAGAAGCUGUCAAGUUGGUUCAAUCGCUUGCCGAAAGCCCAUAUCAAAAAGCUCUGAUAUUUAUUUCUGAUUUUGUUAUCAAUCGUAUUAAGUAGCAUUGUUACAAUCAAGGAAUUGACGAUAGUUAAAAAAUGAAACGCGUGCUCAUUGGUACUAGUUGAUUAUUGAAAAAUGACAUAAUAGAUACGAAUCGAAGGAUGUAUUUUUUAUCUACUCGAUUGAAAUAGAGCUUUAAGAAAAGUUUCAUGUCACCGAUGCCUGAUAGAAAAUAAUGUUGUUGCACAAUGAAUCAUCCAUAUACGGAUUUGUUACAAUACACGUAUAAUAGAAUUUUAAUAUAUUUGUUGACAUUGAGAAUAUGAUUAGGUAUGAUACGCAUACAAUGAUGCCCGGUUCGUUAAUUUCGAGGAGCUUAUCUCAUGAUGUAUCAUAAAGUUUUUUAAAAAUAUUCUUUAUUAUCAUAUCGGAUGUUGAAAGAAAUCAAUAACGCACCAACGAAAUCAUUUGAUUAUAAAAAAAAUAAAGGAGAAAAAAAACAGAAAAAAGAAGGGGAAAGAAAAAGAAAAGGGAAAGAAAAAUGCAAAAAAAAAAAAUAAAAAUAAAAAAAAAACAAAAGAAAAAGAAACAAAAAGAGAUCUUAAAUUUAAUAAUCAAAAACAGAAAGUUUAUUCGAAUAUUAGAAACUUUUGUUCGUCGAAUAGGAUUAUUUCUUUUUUUUUUUUUUUUUUCGAGUAAACGCACGGAUAUUGUGCAUGGAUUAUCUUUCAACGUUAUUCAAGUACAUAUAUAUAUAUAUUUUUAAAUUAUUUUUAAUUUUUAAUUAAAUACGAUACAUCGCAUUUCUGUGUUUUUGAAUUAUCCGAAGUACAGUAAUUGAAUCAAUCCCAGACCCGUUUGUAAUGCGAAGUAAAGAGAAAAGUAUAUAUUUGCUUUGUAGUACACGUAACAUUUAACAGAAUGAAGUAAAGGAUAAAAAUAGUUGUGAUGCGUUAGCGACGGUGAACCUUCUUCAGAAUUAAAUUCACAAUAAUCGUAUUAUCAGCAUUAUAUAUGUGCGUGUAUCAAUUUCUCAGUUAAGUUAAAAAAUUUAUGGAAAAGAAAAGAAAUAAUUAAAACAAAUUGAGAGGAAGGGAUCCGUGUGUGCUAAUACGUGUAGAAAGUACAAUCUGCAAUAUAGCAUGAUACAGCGUGGAGAAUAUCUGCCAAAGAAAGCCUUCUGGUCUCUUAAUUCUCUCACUUAUUGAUCAAUAAGUGAUUUGUCAUAACAAGAAAUACGAGUAUUCUCCGUUAUAUAUUCAAUCUUUAAAUAUAAAAUUUUUUUCAUAAAGUUUCCCAAUGUGAUGAUGUUGCCUUAUUAAAGGCUAGAUAUUUUAUUAUUAUUCGAAAAAUAAAUAAAAAAAGAAAUGUUCAUAAUGUUGAUCGUUAUAUCAUAAUUGAAAAUAUAGAUUAUAUAAAUAUCUAAUAACUUAUAUUUAUAAAACAAAUUAAUGUAUAUAAUAAUUAUAAGAUAAUAUGCCCUAUUGUAAACUAAAUCUAUCAAUUCAAAAUGAAAAUAUUUAAUUAAGAUUAAAUCUAAAUGUAGGAUAACAUUUAUAAUUCGAGUUAUACAAGAAAAAAAAAAAGGAAUAAAAAUAUAAAAUUUUUCAUCUUCUUUGGCAUUUCAUUCAACAUUAUUGACUACAUACUUUGUUGAUCAUUGAACCUGUUGUAAAAAAUUAUUGGAUAAAACUCGGUAUUCUAAUUGUUGUAUCGGGGAACACUAAAUCCAUGUUGUACAAUUUUUUUAUUACAAAUAUAUCGAUAUAAUAUAAUA